GUUUUCCGGACCAAACACCUCAAGCAGUUCCAGUCUCCUUGCCCUCCAUCACACCCUUCAGUGACUGUGGAAUGUAUCAAGUCUCUGAGUCAUUACAGACAUUGAAUGAUUUUAAUGCUGAAGAUCUGUUGAACAUUAAACAAGAGGACAACACAUCUGAUUAUUAUAGUGUCAGCUCAUCACCCUGCUCUUACCUGGAAAGCACAACUCCGUCUACGCCACCAGAAAUCUACAACCAACCACAGAACUUAUUUGAACACACACGGCCCCAGUUUUACACAAACAAUUAUGGAAGAGUGUAUGGAUAUGAUAUGUUUGACCCAACGAUGGUAGGCUACCAUACAGUUCAUGUGUCAAAGGUCAUGCCAGAUCAAAUACACCCUCACCGUAAUGAUAUGAAUAUUCUUAACACCUUAGCGACUAGGACACCAUCACAACAGUACCUUGACCAACCAUCCAACCCAGUCAUCCCAGCCGCUGUUCUUGCUGGUUAUUCAGGAAGUGGACCCAUCCAAUUGUGGCAAUUUCUACUUGAGCUCUUAACUGAUAAGACAUGCCAACACAUUAUUAGUUGGACUGGUGAUGGCUGGGAAUUCAAAUUAUCUGACCCAGAUGAAGUUGCACGUCGUUGGGGUAAGCGUAAAAAUAAACCCAAGAUGAACUAUGAGAAACUAAGUCGUGGUCUUCGAUACUACUAUGACAAGAACAUCAUCCACAAAACCGCUGGAAAACGUUAUGUCUACAGAUUUGUGUGUGACUUGCAAAGUCUCUUGGGUUAUGCGCCUGAAGAGCUGCAUGAGAUGGUUGGAGUAAAUCCAGCUCGAGAUGAUGACUGAAAUAUAUUCGCCUUUAUAACAUCAAUUUUUUUUGCAUUUCUUUACUUAUAUUUCUAAUAUCUUGAUGGAUAUUGGUCUUCUUACAGAUAACUGUCUUUCA